ACCCUUCCCUCGACUUUCAAGAGCGAAAGAAUAACCUUAAAUGAAGGAAAGUUAACUGCAAUCAAUUCAGUGGAUUCAGAAAAUGGAAGUUCUAGUAUAAAACGUUGGAGUGUAACUGGUUGUACAUAUAUAGAUUCAGUUACAAUAUGAGGGACAGACACGACCCCAAAAGUCACGUUUUGGGCUUGCCUUUCUUCCCCCUUUUCUUAUCUUUUCUCCUUGUUUUCACUAGCCACAGCAAAAUCGUAGGCGUGAGCCCCUUUAUGCGGCGCCGGAUUGUAACGUUUGUCAUUGUUCACCGCGUCCAGAUUUGACGCUUGGUUGUACAAUUGCGUAUACAUGAAACGAUUCAAUACGAAAUCAAUGCCAUUCACUGAAUUUCUUUAUAGCUUUCUAUUGUACUUCAACUGUGUCUUAUUCUAGCAGCUAUUCUGAAGAAAAAAACCCAUGCAGUCUCAAUAACAUAACCAUUCAAGUUACUCUCCGUCUUCACUUGAAACGAUGGAUUUUCCAUCUGUUGAGAGGGCAGUGAAUGUGUACAGAGAAUGUGCUAGUGCUCCUACUCUCUCAUCUGCUUCCAUACAAAAGACUGGAGAUUGUUUAGUUAGUGUACAUUCAACAUGGAGUCAGAGAGAUUUGGAAAGAGAAACUACAGUCAAGUUUAGAAAGACACAUAUUGUGACCAUAGACAGCAAAGGACAAGUAGGAAACGUCUUUGAUCCAGCGACCAGCACUGAACUUAAUUCCGAGCAACGGGUUCGAUCGUCACCAUCUGGAAAACUAAAGGCUGUGUUGAGGAAAGUCAAGGAUAGGAAAGGAGAUGAAAUACAAUACUUAGAGGUGUGGAACGAUAUUGGAAAGAUUCAUAACAACAAUUUGACUGCUCUUGGUAAACAUGGCAACGUGUAUGAUGAUGAUGAAUUUGGAUGUUUGGAGUGGUCUCGAAGUGAAUCUCAGCUAUUGUAUGUGGCAGAGAAGAAGCAACCAAAAUCUGCCUCCUAUUUUGACAAGUCCAUUGAUAUGAGCUCGGAUGAGUGUUCUGAAGAGGAUUCUAAAACCAGGGAUACAGCAAUAAAGGGAGACCAGUUUCUCUACCGCCAAGAUUGGGGUGAGAUGUUAGUUGGAAAGCAUUCUCCAGUUCCUUGCAUCUUGAACCUUCAGACUGGUCAAGUGACCAUGCCAGAGGGUCUGCCCAAGGAUGUCUCUAUCGGUCAAGCAGUCUGGACUCCUGAUGAUAGCGGGAUAGUGUUCGUUGGAUGGGAGAACGAGCCCUAUAGACUAGGAAUGGUCUAUUGUGCAAAUAGAAGGAGUUCCAUUUAUCAUCUGGAUCUGUCAAGUAAAAUCUGCAAUGCCGUCAGCGCCACAGACGAGUCUGUUAGGUCACCAAGUUUUAGCCCAGAUGGUUCUAAACUGAUAUAUCUUCAAAAUUCUUGUCAUGGACCUCCCAUGAAAUGUGCCCAAUUAAAAGUGUGUGAGUGGGAGAGUAAGGAGACACAUGUUGCAGUCGAUAUAGUCCAAUGCCCCACAGAAGAAAGUCCCUUUCCUGGUUUAUACAUUGGUCGUUUUCAGCCGCAAUGUUGGUUGGAUAAUACGACUAUUCUUGCCAGUACUCCAUGGAGAAGUAGCCGGGCAAUCAUUUCAAUAAACAUCUGUACAGGGGAAGUUAUAAGACUUACUGACUGCUCAGAAUAUGGGAGUUGGCUUUUCUGUGACAUCAAAGAGAGAAUGAUUCUAGCAUACAGAUCGUCACCAACUAAUUCAGGUCAACUGGUAGUUGGUAUUAUACCUGAGGAGGGUGAUAUUUCAGACAUCAGAUGGACCCCAUUGAACAAACCUAGUCUGACCUUGCCUGACGUAUCAUGGUCUGUUAUUACUCUCAAACCUGAGCCUCAGCAAGGAAGCAAUAUUGAUUUUGAAACCAUCAUCUUGAAACCAACUAGAGAUUCACUCAGACCAGAGAGGAAGCUUCCUCUCUUAGUGAUGCCCCAUGGGGGUCCUCAUUCAAUAUUCUGUGCAGAUUAUCUCAUGUUUGCUGGAGCGUUCUGUCGACUUGGAUUCGUUGUCACUUGUGUCAAUUUCCGAGGUUCAUUAGGUUUUGGACAAGCUUCCAUCUAUUCGAUUCCUGGCCAUUUAGGAACAAAUGACGUACAAGAUGUUCAGACCACAGUGAAAACAGUAAUAAGGCAAGGUCUUGUUGAUUCAGAGAGAAUCGCCAUUUCGGGUGGCUCGCAUGCUGGUUUCAUUGCUACACACAUGAUUGCGCAGUAUCCAGAAAUGUACAAAGUUUGUGUCACAAGGAAUCCAGUCACUGAUAUUGCAGCCAUGCUUGCGGGUACAGAUAUGCCACCUUGGACAAUGACAGAGGUGGGAAUUGACUUUGAUUUCACCAAACCUCCAUCAGCUGAGAUGUAUGCAAAGAUGUUCAACUGUUCUCCGAUGGCUCAUAUUGAUAAGGUGAAAGCUCCAACUCUGAUAAUGCUCGGAUCGGACGACCUUCGUGUUCCACCCCAGCAGGGCAUACGCUACCAUCAAAUGCUCAAAGCACGAGGUGUCAAAACAAAAUUAUUGAUGUGUCAUGGAAACAGUCAUCCCAUUAGCAACGUUGACGCAGAGGCAGAUCGUUUCAUGAACAUGUAUACGUGGAUAACACAGCACCUCUAACACAAUGAUCCUCUAUUAUUGUGACACGGCAUAAGCUCCAGGCGACAUUUGCUCCUGUCUUCAGCAGAGGACUCGGGUUAGAGUUAUAGGAUUGUAAUAGAGUUUUUUUUCUUCACAAAAUAUAUGUAAAGGGAAGGAUUUUGGUUCAUUUAUUUUCGGAGGAUAGGUUUUAUGUUCCAAAUUGGCUUAUAACGUGCAGACUUUCCAUCCGAGCAAUUGUCGCCGGAGCAAAUGUCAUGGAACAUAAUAUCGUGUGUCGUUCAGAAGAUAAAGUACACUCUGGAAUUCACUCCCUUCCUCACGACAGUCUUCUAAAACGCCUUUUAAAACUUAUAUUUUUCUUUCUUAAAUCGUUUAUUUUCAUUAGUGUAACGAUUUUGUAACAAUUAACGUUUCUAAAUAAUUCUAAUUAAUUCAAUAUAUAGCUAGUUUAUUUUGAUUUUACAUAUAAUUGAGAAAUAUUUACAAGUUAUUGACACAUGUCUCAUAUGCCUACACUCUAAAAAAUAUUGGGUAAAAGUGUUCCAUGUGGGUAAUUAUGUAUCCAAACAACAUUGGGCAUUUCUUUUGGGACAUUUUUAUUUAUCCAGUGUGAUGAGAAUUUUGCCCAUUCUAAAGUAAUUGGGUAAAAUGCUGCCCCAAAUUGGUUGGACACAUAUUAUUACACCCUCGUGGUGGUAAAAAUUUUACCCAAUAUUUUUUACAGUGUAUAACUUUGAUUAUUAUUUUUUUUAUGCUGUAUCAGUAAUUUCCACCCUUUAGAUUAUAGUUUGCAAGAAUACUUUGUUUUAUCAUUUUCUUUAUCUGUAAAACGCACAGAGAUGUUUUAUGCGCUUAAUACAUUAAUCUUUAUGAUUAUCAAUAUAGUAUCAUGUUGUUGUUGUAAUAAUGUCUACUUUGAUGCGUCAAUAAGAACAUGCUAUUGUCUAUAUAUUAUAAAAAACGGGGUUUUUCAGUAUGUCUGUAUGAUAUUUACGGUAUAAUAGUCCACGUAAAGAAACAGGAAAUUGUCCAUGAAAUGAAGUUAAAGAUUGAUAGGUAAAAAAUACCUGAUAAGACAAGAACAUUGUCAACAUGAGUUAAAAGGAUAUAUUCCAAAAGUAUACUAGCUCAAGACUGUCUUGUUUUUGGCAUUUUCCAUAUUCUGUUGUUACAUUCACAUUGUUAACCUGAAGGCAAUAAAUUAUAUUCUAUCAUUCUCUAAAUGAAUGACAAUGGAUAUGAUAAAUCAAAUUAAAU